CUUACCUAACCGAUUCUAUAAGUUCGAAAACCCAAAAAAGUUCGUCAAGUUUCUGAGUUGUAUUCUCUCUUUUGUUUUUCUUUGAAACGUGGUCUGAAAAAUGAACAAAGAUUGCUGCUCAAAGUGUCAGGCUAAAGAAACAAAGAAGAAGUACUCGAAGAAAAACGAAGAGGAGUCUGGCGAAAAAGAUGUGAAAGAAAAACAGAAAGCCGCAGAGAAUGAGAAACCAAAAACAGAUUCCAGUGGAGAAAAAGGAUCACAGGAAACUUCAGAUCAGAAGGAUAAGAAAAAGAAGGACAUCCUCACAUGGCAACACUCAAGUAUGAAGAAAGAGAAGGUUGAAGGUAAAAACUUGUCAAGCGAGAAAACCCACGUCAACCCGCCAAGUUACACCGCCAACUCGAUGAUGCACCAUGGUUGUGGACCAAAUCCUUCACACCUGUGGCCCAUGUCCGCGGCACCAAGAGGUUAUUAUCCCCCAUAUCCGACGGCACCCCCAUUUGCACCCCCGGGCCCGAUGUUACCACUGUGUGGACCCCCAUUUUCACACCCGGGCCCGAUGUUACCACUGUGUGGACCAUAUGGUGGUGCUGGUGGUCCGAUUCAAUCAUACUCCAUGCCUCGUGCCAGGGUCCACAUUUCACCAUAUCCGGUUAUGGCUGCAGCUGCUCCUUUCCCCUAUUGGCAAGCCAGACCGUAUAUGCAGCGUAAUCCUAUGAGGCAAUACACUACUUACGCAGAGAAUUAUACUCAUGCAGACAAUUACGGCUAUUGCUUUAUCUAA